AUGAAGUUCCCCAUGGUCCUCAUAACCCUCGCCAUCGGCACGGCCCUCGCGUCCCCCAUCCCCGACGAACCACGGGAGGACUCCGGCUUCGGCGGGGCCCUUCUGAAAGGGGCAACGCGCAGCAUCGCCGCGCACCGAGGAGGCGGCGGGCACAAGCCGAAAAAGAUGCCCCACAGAGGCGGCGGCCACGGCCACGGGGGCGAGGGUCUGUCGGCCCACCUGUGCAGGGAACACUGCUGCCACCACAAGCGCGAGCCCGCCGAGGCCUUGUUCCACGACAUGUGCGAGCACUGCCACAGCUUGGGGCUGUGCUAG